CCCGUGCACAUGCACAUUCUCAUACAAAUGCACUCGCUACACAUAUGGCCCUGGAGAUCAGACACAGGCUGGUGGCUUGGUAGGGCACGCUGCGGACCGGUGCAACCACUCCAUCCUUUGGCUGCUCUCCGGCGGGCGCCGGGCCUGGGCCUCCCCGCUCCGCCCCCGCGCGCGCCCCCGCCGCCCGCGCCGCAGUCCGCGUCCACCAGACCCGGCAGCCGGUAGUUGCGGUCCCAGUUCCGCGCAGCGCUUCCAAGCUGAAAGGACUGCAGCCAGCGCCUGAGGUCAGGAGGAAUAGGUGGCGCCUAGAGUGCGGGUCGCCCAGAGCUGCGGCAGCCCGGAGGUGGAAGCUCCGGAGAGGAGCAGAGCAGCCUGCAGGGAGCAGCGGGGCGCAGGCAGGCCGGUGGUGUUAGGGGAGACCCUGUAGGAGGCAUGGCCGGGCUACGAGCCAGGCUGGGCCCUGGGCGCAGGCUACUGGUGCUGUCUACGCUGAGUUUUUGCCUAAUGCUGCAAGCCAGUGCCAAGAAGCCUCCUAAGACGCCCCCCUGCCCACCCAGCUGCUCCUGCACCAGGGACACCGCCUUCUGCGUGGACUCUAAGGCAGUGCCCAAGAACCUGCCUUCAGAGGUCAUCUCCCUGACCCUGGUGAAUGCUGCGUUCUCAGAGAUCCAAGACGGAGCCUUCUCCCACCUGCCACUGUUACAGUUCUUGUUGCUCAACUCCAACAAGUUCACGCUCAUUGGAGACAAUGCCUUCAUAGGACUGUCGCACCUGCAGUACCUCUUCAUCGAGAACAAUGACAUCUGGGCACUUUCCAAGUUUACCUUUCGAGGACUCAAGUCCUUGACACACCUCUCACUGGCCAACAAUAACCUGCAGACACUGCCCAGAGACAUCUUCCGUCCCCUGGACAUCCUGAGUGACUUAGACCUCCGGGGCAAUGCCCUUAACUGUGACUGCAAGGUGAAAUGGCUGGUGGAGUGGCUGGCACACACCAACACCACGGUGGCCCCCAUCUACUGUGCCAGCCCGCCCCGCUUCCAGGAGCACAAGGUGCAAGACUUGCCCCUUCGGGAGUUCGACUGCAUCACCACUGAUUUCGUCCUCUUCCAGACUCUGUCCUUCCCCGCAGUGUCAGCGGAACCCUUCCUUUACUCCAGCGACCUCUAUCUGGCACUGGCCCAGCCGGGUGCCAGCGCCUGCACCAUCCUGAAGUGGGACUACGUGGAACGGCAGCUCCGAGACUAUGAUAGAAUUCCAGCUCCCUCAGCGGUGCACUGCAAGCCGAUGGUGGUGGACAGCCAGCUCUAUGUCAUCGUGGCCCAGCUGUUUGGUGGCUCGUACAUUUACCACUGGGACCCCAACACCACACGUUUCACCAAGCUGCAGGACAUCGACCCCCAGCGCGUGCGCAAGCCCAAUGACCUGGAAGCCUUCCGCAUUGAUGGUGACUGGUACUUUGCCGUGGCUGACAGCUCCAAGGCAGGCGCCACUAGCCUCUACCGCUGGCACCAGAAUGGCUUCUAUUCCCACCAGGCCCUGCACGCCUGGCACCGCGACACUGACCUGGAGUUUGUUGACGGUGAGGGCAAGCCGCGGCUGAUUGUGUCUAGCAGUUCUCAGGCCCCCGUCAUCUAUCAGUGGAGUCGUUCUCAGAAGCAGUUUGUGGCGCAGGGAGAGGUGACUCAGGUGCCUGACGCCCAGGCCGUGAAACACUUUCGUGCUGGCCGCGACAGCUACCUGUGUCUUAGUCGCUACAUCGGUGACUCCAAAAUCCUGCGCUGGGAGGGUACCCGUUUCUCUGAGGUGCAGGCCCUCCCCUCCCGGGGUUCGCUGGCCCUUCAGCCCUUCCUGGUAGGUGGUCACCGCUACCUGGCACUGGGCAGUGACUUCUCCUUCACGCAGAUUUACCAGUGGGACGAGGGGCGACAGAAGUUUGUACGGUUCCAGGAGCUGGCCGUACAGGCCCCUCGGGCCUUCUGCUAUAUGCCUGCUGGAGAUGCCCAGCUGCUCCUGGCCCCCAGUUUCAAGGGACAAACACUGGUGUACCGACAUGUCGUGGUGGAUCUCAGUGCCUAGAAGGAAGUUAUGUCCUUUGGGUUCCUCAGGUUGGCGCUGUAAGAUGGGUGGAAACGUCACAUGUGGCUAACCUAUAUCUGUGCCCCCACACACAUACACACAGAAGUGGGCCUGGGCACAGACCCGGGAAGCCAUCCCCAUUACUGUAAUCAACACCUAUGUAUGCACCAGGUACCCAGAGUUCAGGUUCUCCUCUAUGCGUACACCCUUAUCUACAGUGCCCCCAUGCUCUGCUCCCUCGCUAAGUGUGUCUGAGCGACGCAAUGGGUGCAGGAACGGGUGAGCCAUGGCCUUUUCUUCUCGGCUUAGCCUUCUGUCCCCCUGGCCUUUCCUGUGGAUGUUAGAGGUGUCCGUGUGCCUGCUUGGCAUCCACACUCUCCAGGUGUGCCCAUGCCCGCCAUGCUCCUUCUGCAUGCACCCGUGGACACUGCUGGACAUCCUCAGUUGCAUACCUGUGCAUACCAGGCCACACCCUUCUUUCCAUAUAUGCACAUGUCUGGGAGUGUGCAGACGUGCAGACUGGGUGCUGAGCAAACAGGCUUCCCUGCUGUCGCCUAGCCACUCUUCUUGGAGGGUGCCUUACAGCAACGACACCUCCUCUGCUCACUCCAGUGUGCCCCCCAUGUAGCUGAUGAUGAUAAUAACAGUAAGCAUGGCCGUGGCCUCCUGGGGACAAAGCGCCUUCAUCCUGAAGCAAUAACAGCAACAGAGGCAGGAUACCUUGCUUCUCACUAGAGUUUUCUUCCCUGACUCAGUCCCAGCUCGCCUGGACAGAGGUGGGAAGGCUUUCCCUGGGUAGCGAUUGCUUUUUCAAGAUGGGACCAUCUCUUCUCGGGCCCCACCUUGGGGAUGUGGACCCUGAACUGUGACUGCUCCUUGGGUGGAUAGAAUGACUGGCCAAGGCAACACCUGAGAAUGCCUGAGCCACUUGUGUGAGUGCCAGGCACAUGUUGGGGCCCCUGGCACCUCUCCAUCCCAUGGAGAUGCCCCUGGAAGUGUGACUCGGAGGCUGGAUGAGGGUGGCGAGAAGGGCACCUGGGAAUCAGGCUUCUGCUGCCCUCUGCUGUCCACUGGAAACAGCAGCCCAGAAGCAGGAAAUGGCCGGAUUGAGAGGAUUUCUUGGGGCCCCGACACCUUGAGGCACCUGGGGGCAAUGCUAUUCCCUUGCUUCAAAUAAAAAGUCCCACCCUACUGCUAGCUCUCAGGUGUCCUCAGGGUGUGUUAUUAGGAGCAGAGCCAGGGUUGUGUACCUGUUCCUGCUACACACAGGGACCACGCCAGCUUCCAGGUCCUCUUCCUCGUGGCUCCUUUCCCUCGGAGCAUUGGGCAUUGACAAGGUCAGCUGGCACUAGGGUCAGGAGUUCGCGGUGAUGACAUUCAGGUGUUGGGCAGUGUGAUGAGUCUCCUCCACCUGGGUCUGACUCACAGCCCAGUGCAAUACAGGCCUGCCACCUGCUAAGACCUAAGUCUGUCCCUUUGUCAGGAGGACGUUAAGCAACAAAGCAAAGAUGUGGUCAGCCCUCAGCAACCCUGUCUUCUACCACCUCCUCCCUGAACCUCCCACUGGGCAAAUAUCUGCCAUUGUCAUGGCCCCCCACCACGCUGAGGCACCCUGGAGUCCUAGGUAACAUCUUGGUCCUUCUUCUUCCCACUUUUAACCAGCUACCAAUUCUCCUUCUCUGAGGGUUUCCAAAUGAGCAUUCUUUUUUCCCCUUACCCCACUACAGCCUUUAUCCAUCUCUGUCCUCAUUACUAUAGUCUCCAGGUCCCUCCCGCCAGACUGUUUCUUAGAUCCUUCUGGUCCGGCCUUCCUGAAACAUCUCUCCAUUAUGUCAUCCGCUACCCAGGAGCCUGCUUUAGCUCCCUGCUCUUUUGAAAACAAACCCGUGGCUUCGUGCCUGACAUCGAGCUCCUCCAGUCUUGGUGCCAGCAGAUGCAGCAGCAUCCGUCCCUUUCCUGCCUGCUGCCAUUCUGUCUAUUCCUGAGACUACAGUAAGAACCUCUCGCAAAGGGAGAGGGGGAAGAGAGCAUUAGGCAGGGACCGGGGCGAAAGUGAUGACCAGGUUCACUGGGGAAUGUGGAGCAUCUUGGGGAAGGCACAUAGCUCUGUGCUGCAAAACUGCCGUGCUCCAUUGUGGGACUUCCCUCUUUGUCAUUCCUCUCCACCCAGCCUUGGAUCUUAUGUGAAAAGAAACAGGGAAAGAGACAGGAAUGGUAGAUAUGACAAUAACUCCAGCUGUGGUGUGCUGGAGUGUGUGACCCCUUGCCAAACACACACACACACACACACACGCCCCUUCUCUUCUCCUGCUUCCCACCUGUUUUACCAUGGCCCCUUUCAGCUCUCACAUGUCACAAAUAUGUCUUUCUUAGGGUGUGUGUUGCGUGAAGAGAGAGCAUGACACCAUGGCAAAUCCCUUUGUUUGUUUGUUUGGGGUGUUGUUUUUUUGUUUUUCGAGACACAGAGAGUUUCUUUGUGUAGCUUUGGAGUCUUUCCUGGAACUCGCUCUGUAGACCAGGCUAGCCUCAAACUCAGAGAUCUGCAUGCUCUGCCUCCUGAUAGCUGGGAUUAGAGGUGUGUGCCACCACCACCCGGACACCAUGGCAAAUCUUAUUAAAACAAAACAAUCAAACAAAAAGCCCAGUUAAGGGCUGGCUUGCAGUUCAGAGGUUUAGUCCAUUAUCAGCAUGGUGGGAAGUAUGGCGCCAUACAGGCAGACAUGAUGCUGGAGAAGGAGCUGAGAGUCCUACAUCCAGAUCUGCAGGCAGUGGGGAAGGAAGAGACACUGGGCCUGGCUUGUGCUUCUGAAACCUCAAAGCCCACUCCUAGUGACACAUUUCCUCUGACAAGGCCACACCCCCUAGUCCUUCUCAAGCAGAGUCAUUCCCUGAUGACUAAACCUUCAAAUGUAUGAGCCUCUGGGGGCCGUUCCUGUUCAAACCACACAAUGCCCAUAAGUGGCACAUAUCACUGAUCUGUCCCAAGGGGAGGGACCUAGGUCUGAGAGCAUGCAUCAUCAGCAUGCUCUGAACGCCACAGUCUAGACCACACAUGCGCAGACAUGGGCUCUAUCAUUUUGCUUGGUGUCAGCUAUUUCCCCGAACCUCAAAUCUGGCAAAGCAGAUUAACGAACCUACUUUAUAGAACUCUGUUUCCGUUCACUUCCUGAGGAAAAGCGACAAAUGGCAUUCGGUCACUUUACUUUGCCUCUGUGUGCCUCAGUUUCCCCGUCUUCAGA